GGGGUCAUCUUUCUCUUUUUCGGCACAUGCGAAGCGACACAAGUUCAAACAAAGGAGAUACCGCCAAAGACCCUGGCAAUGACACCUACGUUGUGGUUGUAAUGGUGGUCACUUCCCCGAGAGUGGCCAUAACCAGCACAACAGUCGACACGCCAAACACGUGCCAAAUGACAAUCGACACGCCGAACACUUACAUUUCAGUCAAAGUGCACAUGACGGGACGCGUUGGGUUACACUGCAUUCAGAUGUUGCAAAAGCCUGGAAGGCUAUGUUGGGUGGGGGAGGACUAAAAGCGAGAUGGCAAUAAGUACGGAUCUGAUCUCAACCGCCGUAACUGCGGCGAGGCAGAAGAGCAGGAGGGAGGAGGUGAGGGACAAAAGGAGGAAGGAGAUGGGGGAGGAAAGAAUAAUGGAGGAGGAGGAGGAGGAGGACACUGCUGGCCUGCUGGCCGCAGGGCAGGCGCAACUACGAUCCCGAGGCGCCGUGACUGAUGCGGAGCGCGGGAACCACGUCUCGUGCGUGGGGGCAGGACUCGGAGGCGGCAUCAGAUCGAGCCGAUCACAUGAAUGCGCGAGACAGGGGCAGGAGCAGCUGGAGGAGGAGGUGGAAAGGGAGGAGGGGAGCGGAGCCGAGGCGUGCCCGGCUGGGGUAAGGGUUCACGUUCCACGGAGCCAAUUCUGAGUUCAAUCGAAUCGAGCACCAGCGCGCACGCGCGUACAGCUCCCACGGACAUUGCCGCCGCCGCUCGCACAUUCAGCACUGUCGCCCAAAGCGAGGGGGGCCAGCGAGGAUGAGUAGAACGGAAAGAUUCCGACAAGAAGGGAUAACGUUGUCACUUGCGCCGCUCAUACCUUAAUACUGAUACUUGACCUUCGUGAGAACACUAUACAUCGUCCACUGGGACAAACGACAUGCAAAAUGGCGACCGCCCACUGGGCCGAAGAUUUGCCUACGGACUAACACCGGCACUGACAGCACUGCAAGCGGUGACUGACAGUGGAUACUGAGUGAAACACACACUAAAUGUGUAAAACACUGGCUCAUGUGGGCGCACGCCCGCACCCGCGACCCGACCGCAAGGUGUCACUGCACGAGCCUAAGCAAGGCCGGCACUGUCCCGCAUGCCAAGGCCCAAGCCCCCCAUUCGAAAAAGACUUCGGCUCUGUACAGCGUACCAGCGUGCAACAAGCUGCAGAGCCAGUACAAGUGUUUGGCAAGAUAUUACGGCACUCGCGUGCGACAGUCUAAACAAAUAGACAUACAGGCAUCACUCACUUCGAACUCCUGUCCACACACCUGGCGAGUUGGUCGCGCAAGUUGCGCAAGGGCUGCGCGAGGCUUGCUCCAGAGAACCUGCGGCCGUCUGGCGGGCGUGACGGGAAAGUGCUGCUCGCCUCCUUCAGCUGCAUGAAACGCCAGGUGACCUCCUCCCGCUCAAGGCGCAGAAUGUAGCCUCGGAUCUCCAGUAACCUUAUCACUGCGGCGUUCAGGACGUCCAGCUGGCAAUACUGUUUGAACAAGUGCUGGUGCCAAAAUCGUAGUGGACAAGUCUCGUCCUGCACCCAGGAGUGGGCCACAAAUAUUAAUAUCGCAAGCACGUUGCCGACCUCCGAAGAGCUCAUGGAGUUCCCGCAUAAAGCAAAGGCGUCUAUGAAAUAGGCGCUGGCGUGCGCCAGGAUACAGCAAAUAUCUUCAUUCUGAUAAUCGCAAGCUCGGAGGAACUUCAGUGUUCGCAGCAACAACUUGACCGACUCCCCAGAGAUCUCAUCCACGCGGCCGAUCUCCAAGAAGCACGACAGCAAGCUCACGUCAAGCAGCCUGUGAGCGUGACCCAGGUACGGAUGAAUCUGCACCCCGAAGCUCAGGUUGUCCCAGGGAACUUCCGCUGUGCCCGCAGUGGUCGAGCUGCCAGUUGCGCCACCAGCAUCAAGGUAAGGUCCUGCGAAAUGGCUCGAGCUCCCGGUGGCCGAGCUCCCUCUGGGGCUGGGGCUGCAGCAGGGCAUAGGCAGCACCCCGCGGACAGCCUCUGGGCAGCUCAGCAUCAUGUAGCUCGGCACACGAGUGCUGCCCUCGGAACUCGAGGGGUCCUCAGGCCGUGGGGCAGACGCCUUUGAUACAUGUGACGCGGGCCUCCGUCGAAGAUCCUGCCCGCGCGCCUGGAUGGGCACCACGAACUCCUCCCGACGCGGAGGGGGGAACCAAGGCUCGUCUCUGCGUGGAUACGGAAAGCUGCCUGGAUACUCCUCUUGCCUGGAAGCUUCCCUUGGCCUCGCUCCUCCGGCGGUGCCGACCGAGCUCCUCGGCAUGUCGCUGCUCUCUGAACUCCUCGGAGCGCCAGGGAAGGUGCUCGCAUCCGAGCUCCUCGCUGGCUGCCACGGCAGGGACGCCCCACUGCCCGGCAACGAGGGCACGUUGGUGCUGCCGUCGGAGCUCCUGUUUGAUGCGUCGCUGGGCCUUGGCACGGCUGGCUUCUGCUUACCGCCUCGAUGGCGCGGACGGUGCCCCGCACCGGCAGCCCCACUGGCGGCCUCGCCCCCGCCGCUGCAACGCGGGGGGGGGCCACGCAUCCCCCCGACGCCGGGCGCUUCAAGCCCGGCUCCCGCGCCGACGAGUCAGCGGGACGGGGGUGCACCGUCUGCCGCCGAACCCGUCUUGAGACAGAGUGGCCGCAAUAUGUCAAGACGGGGUUCGCAACUGCUUCCAAACUUAC